AUGGAGCAGGGCCAGAGCGUCGUGGCCAGCAGCUUCAAGCGGCGCAGGGAGCAGUUCUACGAGAACCGGCGCAGCACGAGCGACCUCUCCUCCGGCGAGAUCGACCUCGUCGACGACGCGCAAUCCACCAGCGCCAGUCACGCCAGCCACGUGACCUGCACUAGCACCACGCCCGUGGGCAAGUCCCUGCUGCUGGGGCAUCAGACGCUCGUGACGUCGGGCAAGCCCACCGGCAGCGACGAGGAGCUCGAAUCCACCAAAGGGACGCGAGAAAAGGGGUCUUCUGCGGCGAGGAAGACGCCGACCAAGGAUGGAGACGAAAAGGGGCUGAGUAAGAAGGUGAAGAAGGGCUCCUUCCGAAUGCCCUCCUUCCGCCGGAAGAGCGAAGCGCAGCCACCACCAACGCCACUCCCAACAGCGGCGCGGGCGGCGGAGGCCUCGGUCCGCCAGUCCCGCGGCAGUGCGAUCUUCGGCCGAAGACAGGCCGGCGGCGACAAGGUCCAGCUCCAGCACCGCUUCCGGUUACGGCGAGUCCUCUCCAGUGACCACCUUCCCAGCCAGAAUGACAAAGCCUCCAAGGCCAGAUGUGGGCGCUCUGGCUGCCGCACCCGAGUGCACGAUCUUGGAGCCACCGCAGUCUCGUUCCUUCGACUUGAUGUGCUGAUCAGCGGGCGUGGCGAGACAGAGUGGAUCCACUUGUCGUCGGAGGUUGUCCUGUUGGCGGCCUCUCGGUGGACCAACCUGUACAGUGCCACCAUUCUCGAGGGCACGAGCUGCGACGGCAAGCCUGCACACGUGAUCAACGCAUUCCUGGAGCGCUUGGGUCGUCCUGCGGCAGCCACGCUCACCCAGCUUGCGCUGCUAUGGCAAAUCGCGGAAGAGCUCCGUGAAGCUUCUGGCCGUGUUCCCGGCGCUCAGACAAGGACACAGAAGCGUUGGAUCAGCUGGCCAAAGUGUGCCCACAAAUCGAGGUACGUACGUGUCUCUUUUUAG